AUUACCAAUAGCAUCACUUUGUGUAGGUACCGCAGCUUCCGGGUGUGUUCAGCGGUGGUUUAUAUAUAUAUAUAUAUUGAUGCAUGGUGUUUUAUGACAGGUUAAAAGGCUUCUGGGAGUUAUAUAUUGUCAAAAUGAAUCGAAUAUUUGGUCGGGGAAAACCCAAAGCACCUCCUCCUAAUCUAUCGGACUGCAUAGGAAAUGUGGAUGCCAGGGCGGAGUCUAUGGAUCAGAAGAUCUCCCGUCUGGACGCUGAACUGAUUAAGUAUAAAGACCAAAUGAAGAAGAUGAGAGAAGGACCCUCUAAGAACAUGGUGAAGCAGAAAGCUAUGAGGGUUCUGAAGCAGAAGAGACAGUAUGAGGGCCAGAGAGACCAGCUGGCUCAGCAGUCCUUCAACAUGGAACAGGCCAACUACACUAUACAGUCCCUCAAGGAUACCAAAACUACAGUGGAGGCUAUGAAGAUUGGAGCUAAAGAGAUGAAGAGAGCUUACAAGGAUGUGAAGACUGAUCAGAUAGAAGACCUACAGGAUCAGCUGGAGGAUAUGAUGGAGGAUGCCAACGAGGUUCAGGAGUCUCUGAGUCGCAGCUACGGAACUCCUGACAUAGAUGAGGAUGACCUGGAAGCAGAGCUGGAUGCCCUAGGGGAUGAGUUGUUGCUGGAUGAUGACAGUUCCUACCUGGAUGAGGCUUCCUCUGCCCCCUCCAUCCCAGAGGGCAUACCCAACGACAGUAAAACCAACAAGGAUGGCGUUCUGGUGGAUGAGUUUGGUCUGCCACAGAUCCCUGCUACAUAAAACUACAGAUCCCUGCUACAUAAAACUACAGAUCCCUGCUACAUAAAACUACAGAUCCCUGCUACACUUUUAUAUGUAGAGUAACAUUUCUACAUUACAAUGAUCUGACCUGAGAACAGGUUACAUAACUUACUACCACUGUAUUACUAAGGUAUUGAUGCUGUUUUGGAGAUGAGUUGAUAUUGUUACCGAUAGGGUUUACAUUUAUCUAAAGCCAUCCCUUUAAACUUGGUGUACCUUUAAUGUUCUCAACAGACUCAGUGGGAUAUAUGGAGAGAAGGUUCAGAGUAUUAGGGAUCAAUGACAGGAAGCCAUGGAAAUACAUACAUUUCUUUCCUUUUCCAAUUGGUAGAUUUUAAAAUGCUCUGAUCUUGUAUAUUAUUUAGGGUUAGGAAAGUCAAAUCAGGUUUGGAGUGCCUUUACGCACUAAAUAUAUUGGUGAAUCAAAACUACAGUGGUUUGAUUCAUCCUAAAAGUUUUCAUAUUCAGUUGUUCAAUCCAUGAAGUAUUGGAAGGGGAGAAAAGUAUACAGUAGGGGUUGGCCAGUAGUCCUUUAAAACUAUCCUCAUAAUCAUCUCUAUUCGUGGAACUGUGAUGACAACUGUCCAGUCGUCUUGAACCGUGCACCAGGCUCCAGGUAUCAACUGCUAUGUGUGGUCAGCGUUCCAUAAUGAUUCACAUCAUAGGCGAAAUUACCACGGGGUGUAGGGGACAUGUCCCCCCCAACAUUCAGAACAGGUCAAUUCGUGUCACCCCCCCCAACCCCCAAUCAUUUCUUUAAACAAAAAAUAAAUGAUUCCAGGCAAUGUUUUUUAAAUGUUUUUUUUAAAAUCGCCCUUGAUUCAAAUAGGCUACAGGUCCCAAAUGAUUGCACAACUUGUAAAACAUUAGCUUAAUAUGGUCCACUAUUGCUAGCGUCCCUCAGGAACAACCACACCAACAUGACAGAGGGAGAAAGGUCCACUAACAAUGGAAUGGAAUGAUGCCACGUGUCAGGAAACUAAAGAGACAGUUAUACAUGUACACUACCAUUCAAAAGUUUGGGGUCACUUACAAAUGUCCUUGUUUUUGAAAGAAAAGCACAAUUUUGGUCCAUUAAAAUAACAUAAAAUUGAUCAGAAAUACAGUGUAGACAUUGUUAAUGUUGUGAAUGACAAUUGUAGCUGGAAACGGAAGAUUUUUUUAUGGAAUAUCUACAGUGUAUAUAGUCUAGAACAGGGCUAUUCAACUAUACUGAACAAAAAUGCAUAUUUCAGUUGACUAGUUUUUGUGCAGAAGUCUCUCUCCUUCCUAUCAGUAGAGAAUGGGCCCCUAUAAUAAACUGCACCACCUCUGUGGGGACUUAAACUCAUCAAAUCUCGUUGCAAAGUUAGCUUUCAGUUUAUCUAAAACUCUGAUAUCAAGGGAUCUGUACUGAUGACUGAAUGUGGACUGAAUGUGGUGCAGUGUAGGGAAAUGGAGUGUUGAAUAGCCCUGGCCUACACUUCCUUCUGAACUUCUAACAUAAGUGAGGUGGGUGUGGCUUCGUGACUGAUCUCAGCAGCAGCUGCUCACCAACACGGUUGCUACGCCACCAAAACAUGUGGGUGUCUGCUAUCGGCGUUAACGCUUCAUCUGAUUGAAUCUAGGCCUGUGAUUUUAAUGCUUGAUCUGAUUGAAUCUAGGCCUGUGUUUUUGACAACUCCAUUGUUUCCAUUGUCAAGCCAACCAUUUGGCAUGCCAGGGAGAUAGCAUGAUAGCACAAACAGACUGGCACUCAGGCUAGCCACCCCCUCCUCAGUAAGUAUUGUCCUGUUCAGUAUUAAUUAGCCUGUACUAAUAUAACAGUGAUGACCGAAACCAUUGGUCCAGAUAUUAGGAACAUUCCUUCCUGUCUGUAAGAUGUGUGUUGGUUUUUGGAAACCAAUGUAAUAAAGGAACGGAGUUCCGGUUUUCUAAAUGUUGA